AGCUUUUGAACACGUUCGGUUUGUUUUCUCAUAGUUCGAUCCCCCGCCGGCCUUCACGAUCUCCGCUUGCCAUGGCCGCGCCCGAGCCCUUCCGGAUUCACGUGUCCGACGACGACCUCACGGACCUGCGACAGCGCCUGCAGCGCGCGCGGGUGCCGGACCAAGUCGGUGCAGGACAAAGCGAUCCCAAUGGUGCAUGGGCGUAUGGAACUGACAAGGCCGCACUGCAAGAUUACGUGUCUCACUGGCUCACGAAGUUCGAUUGGCGGCAGCAGGAGGCCAAGCUGAAUGCGGUGCCCCAGUUCACCUUGCAGGUGAAUGGCCUGAAGACCCACUUCAUCCACCAACGCUCAAAGGACACGGCGGCCAUUCCGCUGCUGCUGGUGCACGGCUGGCCGGGCUCCUUCGUGGAGUUCAUGAAGCUUCUGCCCCUGCUGAAGAAGUUCCACGUCGUGGCGCCCAGCAUCCCUGGCUACGGCUUCAGCGAGGCGCCCAAAGAGCCCGGGGCUUCAGUGGUUUUCAUGGCGGAGCAGCUGACAGAGCUGAUGCGCUUGUUAGGCUAUACCCAUUAUGUGGCACAGGGCGGCGACUGGGGUUCCAUCAUCACCACGCAGGUGGCUGGGAGGUAUCCUGAACGCUGUGUGGCCCUCCACCUGAACAUGUGUGCAGCCAUCCCAUCGACCAUUUCCGAUUUCGUUCAGGUCGCGUUGACCAUGCCCUCAUGGAGCAAGGAGGAGUGGGAUGCAGUGCGGCGAACCCAGUACUUUAUGAAGUAUGAGACGGGAUACCAGAAGAUCCAGGGCACGAAGCCUCAAACCUUAGGCUAUGGCCUGAACGACAGCCCUGUGGGCUUGUUGGCUUGGAUCCUGGAGAAGUUCCAAAGCUGGAGCGACAGCCAUGGGCAGCGGCCGGACGCACCAGGGGGCAGCGGCCUCACGAUGGACGAGAUUUUGACGAAUGUGAUGAUCUACUGGAGCAGCCAGAGCAUUACCUCCAGCUGUCGGCUUUAUUACGAGACUUUGGGGCUCCACCCCAGCCACAAGGAACCUUUGCAGCUACAGCCUGGUGGCCUUCUUGGCGGAAAGGGGGAGGUCUUUCCUCGAGACUUUCAACCGCCUCGACGUCGAGAUGGAUCACGGUCGAGACUUCUGGAUUGCUUUGGUCGAUCCUUCAGAAGUUACGUGGCAGUGCCCACAGGCGUGAUUUGGUCCAAGGCUGAGAUUAUCAAGGUGCCACGCAAGGUGGCUGAGCUGCGUUACAACAUCAAGCACUGGUACGCUCCACCCAAAGGUGGUCACUUCUUUGCGUUUGAGCAGCCUGAGCUGAUGGCCAAGGAUUUGAACCACUUCUUUUUUGAGGUCAUCGACUUUCCAACCUGUGUGCAAACUGCCCCUGCUCGCAGCAGCACUAGCCAGAUGCCGUUGUUGGGUGCGACUGCAAUGGUAGCACUGCUGGUGGCAGCAGUGGCUUUGAGACUGAGACGGAGUCGAUUGUAGGAUUCGAGCUGUGUGGCCCAGUGUAUAUAGCAUUAUAUAUGUCAUAUAGCUCUCAGGAUGGGGGUUGAACGGUUGAAGCAGCU